AGGGCGCUUCAAGAUGGCUGCGUCCACAGCGCUGAUCCUUAGGGAGAGCCCCAGCAUGAAAAAAGCAGUGUUGCUGAUAAAUGAAAUAGACAUAGGAAGAUUUCCGCGAUUGCUCACCCGCAUUCUUCAAAAACUUCACCUGAAGACUGAGAGCAGUUUCAGUGGAGAAGAGGAAGAAAAACUCCAAGCUGCAUUUUCUCUAGAGAAGCAAGAUCUUCACUUAGUUCUUGAAACAAUAUCAUUCAUUUUAGAACAGGCAGUCUAUCACUGUGUGAAGCCAGUAGCUCUGCAGCAGCAGUUAGAGAACAUUCAUCUCAAACAAGAUAAAGCGGAAGCAUUUGUCAACGCUUGGUCUUCUAUGGGUCAAGAAACGAUCGAAAAAUUCAGGCAGAGGAUUCUUGCUCCUCACAAGCUCGAGAUGGUUGGAUGGCAGCUUAACCUUCAGAUGGCUCACUCUGCUCAAGCCAAGCUAAAGUCUCCUCAAGCUGUCUUACAGCUAGGAGUGAGCAGUGAAGACUCAAAGAGCCUGGAGAAAGUUCUUGUGGAAUUCAAUCACAAGGAGUUGUUUGAUUUCUAUAACAAGUUGGAGACCAUACAAGCACAGCUGGAUUCCCUUACAUGAUGUCCUCCAAGAUUGGCAUCUUCAUCACACUCAUGCCUCCUCCAAAUUUCAAGUGAAGAUGGACUUCCAGGGAGUGUUUUCUGAAGGACUCCGUGACUUUCUUCUUAUAAAUCACACAGAUAAUUGUUUCUUAGAGGAAUGACAGGCGAGAGAGAUCAUCGUUGCUACAUACUGAAGUUCUGAUAUCAUUCUCUAGUUCUAUGCAUCAGUAUCAAGCAAUAUCUGUUUUAGAGUCAUCAAAAUUAAAUGUCCUGCUAUUUUUAUA